AUGAUUUACAAUGACAUUUUAACAUUAUGUGCAAAUAAAUUAAGAGGACUAAUUGAUUCAAAGAUAUUUAUUUGGUUGUUAAUAUUUUUUAGAAUAUUUAAUUGUUUAUUUGUUGUAACAUCAUUUUAUCCUGAUGAAUAUUUUCAAUCUGUAGAAAUUGCUCAUUUUUGGGCUUAUGGAUAUGGACAUAUGUCAUGGGAAUGGGAACCUUGUGUAGCAUUAAGAUCAGUGAUAACUCCUUUUAUUUAUUAUGUAUUAUUUUUAUUUUUAAAACUUAUUAACAUAGAUCAUCCUGUUUGUGUAUUAUACAUUCCUAAAUUAUGUCAUGGUAUAUGUGCUGCUUUGUGUGAUUUAGGUAUUUAUAAAUUAUUGAUAUAUUGGUAUGUUGAAUUGUAUAAUGACGCAUGGAUAAAUGAAGAUAAUAUAAAACGUAAUGAGAAAGAUGAAAAUAAUGGAAAUAACAACAACAAUAAUAAUAAUAACAAUAAUAAUAACAAUAAUAAUAAUAAUUAUUAUUAUCAUAAUAAUAUAUUAUACAACACAAAUGACAUUAUUUCUACAAUUCUAUGUUGUCAUUUUUUUUGUUGGUUUUAUUUUUAUUCCAUAUGUAGGACAUCCUCGCAUUCCUUUGAAUGCUUGUUUAAUAUAUGGGGUGUAUAUUUUUUAUCACAAAAUUAUUACCCCUUGAAAAAUCAAUCAAACAAAAUAGAAAAGAUAGACUUAUUAUUACAGAACGAUGUAAUCAUACAAAAAGGAAAGAAACAUUUAAAUGAAUGGACAAAUUUAAAAGAAAGAAGGAAUGAUCAUCAUUUUGAUACAUACGAAAAUAAUUUUAUAUAUCAUAAAGGAACACAAAAUUGUAAACAAUAUGAUAAAAAUAUGGUUGAUCAAAAUGUUUGUGGUCAAAAUAUGGUUGAUCACAUAAUUCAGAACAGGAACAAUUUGUGUAGGACACAUUUUUAUUCCUCCAAAUUUAACAAAAUACAAGAGGCAAAAAAUUUAUUAUUUAGUUUAUUCUUUAGCUCCUUGUCUGUUAUAUUUCGUCCAAACGCUUUAGUAUUUUGGUUAUCUUUAUAUAUACUAUAUAUUAUAAAGAAUAUAUUUGAAAAACAAAAUAAAAUAAAUUAUAAAGAAAUAUUCAAAAUAGGUAUUACGUACACUUUUUUUUUCUUAACUAUUAUUAUUAUAAUUGAUUCUUAUUAUUUUGGGCACAUUACAUUUCCCUUUUGGAAUUUUUUUGUUUAUAAUUUUUUAAGUGGAAACAAUAAAUAUUUUGGAGGGCAUUCUUUUUUUUUUUACUUUGUAUGUGUUAUACCUUCUAUAUAUUUAACUUUAACACCUUUUUUGUUUUAUGGUUAUUACAUUAUAUAUAAUAAUAUAUUGAAUAAGGUGAAGUAUAAGACAAUUAAUAUAUAUAUGUAUAUAUUGAAACGAAUUGAUUGGAUAGUAUAUUUAGUUACACACUUAGAAAUCCUAUCUUUAUCUUUCAGUAAGCAUAAGGAACAUAAAAUUGUUAUAGGAUAUAUACCGUUUCUUACAAUUUUUGUUGGAUAUGCAUUAUAUAUAAUAAAAUUACAUUAUAAAAAAUAUAAUGGCAAAAAUGGAAAGAAUAUAUAUAAUAAUAAUAAAAUCCAAUAUGGUAAUAUAACCAUAAAGGGAAGAAAUAAAUAUAUUUUUUUAAUUUCAUCUUCUCUUUUUACAAAUAUAAGUUUUUUACUUCAAUUUUUAUGUAUUCUUUUUUUCUGCCUUAUACAUAACAGAUCACCUGAACAUGUAGCCUCUUAUUUUAGAAACUUAGAAACGAAAGAUGAUCAAAAUAUUUAUAUAUUUAUAACAAAUUGUUAUGAUAUACCUUUAUAUUCGCAUAUACAUAGAAAAUUCAAUAUAGGAUUUUUAGACUGUUCUCCUUAUGACACGAGUAAUGAUGAAGCUACCAAAAAUUGGAGAAAACGUAUAUAUGAAGAUAAAUUUAAGGAACAAUUUUUUAAUAUUUUUCAAGAAAAAAAAAAUAAUAAUCAUCAUAUAAAUAGUACAUAUGGAGAUACAAUUACUCCAUAUAUAAUACCAGAUAAAUCAUUUUAUUGGUUUGGUCAUCAUCAUUUUAAUAAAAAAAAUAAUUUUCAAUAUAUUUAUCAAAACAUUAAUUUGUCAUGUUUAAAUUAUAGAUUUCAUAUACCUUUACAAGGACAAUUACCUACUUAUAUAGUUACAACAACUAUUGAACUUACACAUUUACAAUUAUUUCUGAGUACAUAUAAUUAUAAACUUGAAACAAAGCCUUUUUUUUCUUAUUUUAUGAUAAGUGAAGCAAAAGGAAUAGUUCCAGUAUAUCAUUACAUAUUCAAGAGGGUUCCUUCCUAA